AUGGAGCGAGCGACAAAGGCAGAGGCGCUGCUGGGGGCGAUCACGGCCGCAUUCGAGACGCAGCCGCAGCUGGCCGGGUGUGCCCCACUCAAUGUGUACAUGUAUGGGUCCCACCUGCACGGCUGUGCCGGGCCGAAGUCGGACUACGACUUCAUCGUGGUGGUGUCUGCCCCCGCCUACUUCCCGGGCAUUCGUCGGGUGGCCCUCACCGCCGUCCUGCCGUCACCUUUAUCUUCAUCUACUCAACAUGAUGAAAGCGAGGUGGAGCUGGACCUCAACAUCUACCAUGAGGACUUCUUCAGGCAGCUGGUAGAUCAGAACGUGGUGAUGGUCCUCACGGCCGUGUUUGCGCCGCCCGAAGCCGUGUUGCUGCAGCGGGUGGACUAUCGUGGCGUGUUCGCGCUCCGCCUGCCUCAGCUUCGCAACUACAUCACCGGCUUCCUCACCGCCAAGUGGAGACGCGCCCAGCACUACUGGAAGCAGGACAAGCGGGACAGCAAGAAGAUCGUGGCGACCGUGAUCCGCUAUCUGCUCCUGGCGCUCGAGCUCGCACGCGAGGGCGCCAUCACCGACGCCACCCUGGGCAACGACUACUAUCGAGAGAUCAUGGACAGCGAGGAGGAGACGUGGGACUACUAUCAGACCAAGUACCGCCCGCUGGCCAACGCGCUGGCCAAGCAGCUGAUGAGCCCGUCGGAAGUGGCACAAAGCCUCAUGACGAACGACGAGGCUCCGUCGGAUGGCGGAGCUCACGCUGUGUCUCCCACCACCUUGGCAUUGCGGCGACACGGGCUCCAGGCCCUGUGCACAGAGCUCUCCUUGGCCAACCACCGGCACAGCAAGCGCCCCAAUCUGGUGCACCUGAUCAGCGACGCCGCCAUCUCUCCCCUGAACGCCUCCGUGGUUCGCGAGUGCCAGGGCAUUGUCUUGGACGAAGACGAUGAGUGGCGCCCGGUGUGCUUGCCCUUGCACCACGCGGGCUCGUAUUGGUACGAGCACUGGAGCGAAGCCGCCAAGAAAAAGAAGAGGGAGAUCAAGUCCAAGGAGACCGAUGGCGUGCUCUACGUGUCCAGCUCCGUCAUGCAGUGGGGUCCCGACAUGACCGUGUACCAUGACCUCGACGGAAUCGAGGCCUCGCUCUUCUUCUACAAGGGCGAGUGGCUGCUGUCGUCGCGGUGGUCAGCUGACGCGUCGCAGCCGCUGCUCGAUAUUCUGGACCGGAGGAAGGGCAAGCACCACAACCCUUUCACAUUCCUCGAAGAGCAGCUUCAGGACGCCUGCGAAGUGCGUGUGAUAAGAGAGAUUGAGGACACGGGGAAGGCGGACGGCACCUACACGGUGGCGGAUCUGUUCUGGAAUGUGUGGAAUGCCCACGAGGGCUACGUUCUGCCGGGCGAGGAGCACACGGACAAGUGCUUCACCUUCGACGUGUGCUCGCGAAGGUUCCCGCACAUCGUGCGGCACGGCGACGAAGAAGCGCAGGAGGGCGAACGCAUCGUGCUGCACUCUGUGAGGGAUCUCAACACACUGGAGGAGCUUGACCCGAAGCCGUUCGCGGUGAAGUACGGGUGGGACGUGGUGAACCGCACACCUCUGUCCGACGUCUUGGCCCAGCUGGGCGAUGGUGAAGCAUUGCCCUCCCUCGAGAUAUCGGUCCCCUUCUGGGCGCGGGAGUGGGUCAACAAAAGCGACCUGGGCAAGCGCGCCCGGCGAAGGCACAACAAACGCACCAACCGCCUCCGGCGCAAGCAGGCCGAGGGCGUCAGCGGACCACCCGAGCAGGAGGACGAGGAUCGGCCGGACGCCGACGGUGAUGCCGACGAAAACGCCGACGACGCCGACGCCGAGGAGGCCAAGCAGAAGAAGGCUGUGGAGGAGCGGGAGGACAUCAUCUACAGGCUGCUCUACGCGUCGACGAAGCUCGACCCGAUGCGGGUAGCAGGCCUGGUGGUGGCGGACCCGUGCCACCUGCGGAUCAAGAUCGAGUCGCCGCAGUACCGGCUGCUGCGCAACAUGUUCCUCGCCCAGCAGCCGACCGUGCGCGAGCGGCAGAUGGUGGACCUCGUGCGUACCAACGCGCACGACACCUUCCUGCGGUACUACCCCGAGUGGCGGCCGCUCUACGACGACGUGCGCACACGGUACCACAGGCUGUGCGCCUACGUGGAGCGCGUCUACGCCCUUGUCAAAGACAUGGAACCCAGACCCUAUCACGAAUGGGUUCGAAGAAACAAUGAGACGGUGCCGUCGUCGCUGCUCUAUUGGCUCAACGGGUUCCGCCAGGACAAGGUGACCCACGUGCGGCGCCUGCUGGCCUUCUGCUCGCUCGACAAGCUCAUCGUGCUACUCAACCAGUACGAGAGCCAGGUGGUUCACAACACCGUCCACACCGCAAGCACAGGCGAAGGCGAAGGCGAAGAACAAGACUACCCCCAGCCAUAG